AUGUGGAGCCUUAAUCGCAUCAGAUCUACCGUUUUUCUAUGCAUACUGUUUGUGCUCUAUACGAGUGGUCAAACAUCAGAAAAUAUUCCAACGGAAGAUACUGUGAACUGUUCCCGUGUUUUGGGCAGCUUCGUACCCAAAGCGGAUCGUGUGAACAAAGAUCGUGGUAAUCAUUGCAUUUCUCUCGUGUUGUUUUAUACACGGUACACACCAGAGAUGGUUUGUUUGCCUCCCCAUGGGAAAUGCUAUAUGAAAUUCUUCGAGAACCACACUCACGACGAAGCGGAAGAAGCGUGUGCUAGGUAUGGUGGUAUGAUUGUUCGACCGGAAUCGGAUGAAGAAAGUGCGACCUUGGCAAAGUUGGCCGAUGGAGAUUUUCAUUUGAGCGGAAAACGGGUUAGUGAGGACGAACGAUACGAUUUUCCGGAGGAUAUGCCUGUAUACGCGUAUGUUGCACUCCUGUUUCUGUUCGUAUUCCGUGCAGAAAUUGGAUUUGCUUCCGUGACACCUAUCGGGGUUUAUGUCUGGCCGCUUCGACAAAGAAAGGACUGUGGAGACCGAUCGAUUGCUCAAGGCGUAUUGUCACUAUAUGCCAAUUUUAAACCGUGUACUUGGCCCCCAGUCUUCUCACGUGCUCGUCGUCACGCACCGGAUAAACUCCGUGCCGCGAAGGAAGAAUUUGACCGGCUCCUCACAGCCGGUACCAUUCGGGCAUCCGACAGCAGCAGUGCGUCGCCCCUUCAUAUGGUCCCCAAAAAGGACUCGGCAGUUUGGCGUCCAUGCGGUGAUUAUCGUGCUCUUAACAGUGUUACCACCCCUGACCGCUGCCCUAUCCCGCACAUUCAUGACUUCACAGCUUGCCUAUAUGGCAACACUAUCUUCUCUAAACUUCCUCUGUUGCGUGCUUACUACCAGGUACCAGUUGACUCUGAUGACAUCCCAAAGACCGCGGUGAUCACGCCGUUUGGUCUCUUUGACUUUCUUCGCAUGCCCUUUUGGCGUGAGAAAUGCUUCUCAAACCUUCCAACGCUUCAUUGA